AUGGCUUUGUUCUUCAUAUUAAAUGAGGAAAUACGUGCCCGAAAGAUUCAGCGGGCUCGUCUCAGGGAUUUAGCUAACCCCUUCGAGCUCCCGGAACAAGAGUUUUUCCACAACUACCGGAUGAAUAAGCCUAUGGCUAUGUACUUGUGCCGGGAGCUGGAAGAUGCGUUGGCUCCCCGGCAACAACAUGGCCUCCCUGUCCACAUAAAGGUGCUGGUUGCCAUUAAGUUCAUGGCAGGUGGCAGCUACCAGCGGGAGGUCGGACAGGACCACACUUUGUGCGUGGCACAAAGGACAGCCUCCAAAUACCUAAGCCAGGUGGUCGCUGCUAUUAACAGAAGCCUUAAACCUAAAUGGAUAUGCUUCCCGGGUACCGAGGGGGAAAGACGAGACGUCGCGGCGGCUUUUGAACAAAAAUAUGGCUUGCCUGAUUUGUUGGGAGCUGUCGACUGCACCCACGUCUCGAUCUUUCCUCCUCCUCGACCGCACGGCCUGCAGUUCAUCAACCGUAAGGGCAAGCAUACCAUCAACGUGCAAUUGAUCGCUGAUGUAAACUGCAGGUUGCUGCACGUAAAUGCGCAGUACCCGGGGAGAGUCCAUGACCAGUUCAUUUUUAAUCACUCCGUGAUUAAAAAUGAGAUGCGCCGGCUGUACGACCACAGAAUCGGGUCUUAUUACCUGCUGGGAGAUUCAGGUUACGGACUGGAGCCAUGGCUUAUGACUCCAGUCCUUAACGCUGCCCCGGAGUCUGCGGAGGAGCGGUACACAGCGUGGCACUGCUUGUCCGCAACACGAUCGAGCGGACCAACGGAUACCUAA